AUGAGUUACAACUCUGACGAUUAUCUGAAACUUGUGGAUAGUGUUGCGUCGUGGAACAAUAAUACAGCACAAUACCUGGCUCACUUGUGGAUUUCAUCAUACCAAGGGGAUCAGCAAAACAGGUACAGCAAACCUAUGCCAUGGAUUGGGAUGUAUAUCGCAUUGGCAUCUCUGUUUUGUAUCAUUGCAAUGGUGGCUGAUUUAUUACAUGGUUUCCGGAGGAAAACGCUAUGGUUUCCGUGUAAAUACUUCACUCUGAACUCUGCUUCUCUCACUGUGAUAGCUGUUGCAAUAAAGCUGCCCAUGGAUCUAUCUACUCUAAUGCCAAGUUACAUGGACCAGGCUACAAAGCUUGGAAGCUUGGGCUUUAUGUGCACCAUGAUGAGUAAUUUAUUGCCUUCUCUAGCAACCAUGGAUAGCAAGGAACUUAUCCCAAACGUCAUAUCUUUGGCUGUUCUCGUGAUUACCUUGGUUGUGAAUGUUUGCAUUCAACUAAACACUGGAGCUCUCUUCUAUCAUGUAGUAGAUGAUGGUGCGGGGUUUGACCUUCAUGGUUAUGUGAAAAGUUUACCAUCCUACGUACCUGAUAGACACAACAGAUUUACAGCAGCCAUUUAUGUGGCUAUAAACGAUCAAGAUUUGCACCAAGAAGGAAAAUUAAGUGUUGAGAAGCUAAAGUGGCAUGUGAGCUAUUGGUGGAUCAUGGCAGGAACUGGAAGCUCCCAAUUCAUGACAACAUGCUCUGUUACAACCUCUGCUUCAACCGUAAUAUGUGCUUCAAGCGUUGUCAUACACAUUCUUCUUUUACUUUUUUAUGUUGAAAAUCUAUGGGACUAUAAGUCCGAUUAUAAGUGGUCAAUGCCAGUGAUUCUCAUAAUACAGUUUUUGGGAAUCAUAGUAGGUUCAAUUUCCCCACUUUCUAGAUGUUUUGCAGCCUUAAUCUUUAAGGUGUCCAUAAAACGGCUUCAGAACCAUAUCAAGAUCACUAAAGUAGAAAGCUACUGGACUGAGAAGUUAUCUGAUUGGAAACGGAGUAGCAUACCAUUCCCAUCCAGUAGCCGCAAAUGCAAGUGUGUCAUGGAGAACCUCAAAGUCCUAAUUCUCAAUAUUUGCAUAGGGUUUCAGAAGAUAGUCGUGGUGGCCUGCAAGAUCAUAGCAGUGGUUCCAUUUUUCGUUGCCAUAUGUGUCUUGUAUUGUUGGAAGUGGUUAAAAGCCAUGUUUUGCACCUUACGUCCUGUGCUGAGAGAAAAGCCUAAGGAGCAUCUAAGAAAAGAUAUAGAGCUUAGCUGGUACGUUUUGCAACUCCAUGACGACAUCGAGUUUGCUAACAGAACAUUGAAAGGCAUGUUAAAAUCGGUGAAUCACUUAAUCAAAAAGGCAGAAAAACAGCAACCCAAAAAUCUUAUGAAGCUAUUAGCAAAAUCUGGAGGUUUUGGAGGAGUUGCAACAUUUGACAGCGAUUAUGUUCCACCUUUACUUUUAGAAGAAUAUGUCAAUUGUUGGAGCUUGCCAUUGGUAACUCUCACAACCAUCGCCAUGUCUCUUCCUAACAUCCAACAGGACACAGUCUAUUCCUUGCUAAGUGGUGUGAGUGAAGGUCUUGUAUAUGUCGCACUUGUGGAAAAAACUCUCAAUGCAACUGAUAAUCAUGUAAGCAUUCAAGAGGCAGCUAAAACUUUGUGGCGUGAGGUUGAAGUCUACAACAAUUGGUUAGGAAACAAGCUGCCAAAAUAUAAUCCUGAAGUGAAUACACCAAGACAGAUUCUUCAAUGGUUGAGAGAUACAGCUAAAAGCAUGGUCAUUAAGGUGGAAAGUACAGAUAUUCGAAGCCAAAAUGAUAAUUCCAAAUACAGUUCUAUUUGUGCCAAUUCAAUGUAUCGUAUCACAGAAACAAUCCUGAUUUCUUGCCACGUGAACAUUUAUCACGAAGCUAGCCAAGAGGAACUAUUUGAAGUGUUAUCAUCAAUGAUCGCUGAUAUAUUGGCAGCAUGUCUCACCAACUUACCCCAAGUCAUAUUAAUGAAAUGCCACACAAGCGCCAUAGAGAAAAGAGAGGUGAAUGUGCAUGUUGCAGCCCAACUUCUCGGUCAGACUACACGGAUAAUCAGCUCCCUCCAAGAUCGUGAACAUCCACCCUUGAAUCCAGAUGAUUUUCCAUUUAUUGACAGAGAACUAGCUAAUGGCCAAUGUAUUCACCAGCAUCACCCUCCACCUAAAAAAAGUAUUCUAAACUGGGAGGCCAUUCACCUUCACCAGUCUGCAUCAUUAGCAUUCAGAAAGCAUCUGGUGGUGGAUGAUAAUGCUCAUACUCCAAUGGUGAUGGAUAGUCACUCGGGUCCCAAGAUUGGUAGAAAACCAGUGCUAGUGCUCAAGAUCAUUAUGGCAGAUCAAUGUCCAUCGGGUCAUGUUGUACACGGCUGCGUCUAUAAGCGGCAUCUGUAUAGUACUGGUACAGAUGACGAGUAG